CCUCACCUCUUCAUGUGCUACGUGACAGACUUCUUCUAUUAUAAUCCCUCCAAAAAUUCCCACACCUUACUUCUCACCCCUCUCUCUCUCUCUCUCUCCCCCAAAAGGAAAAUUCGUUUCUUUCUUCUCUUCACUACCUCUGUUUCUCUCCCAUGGUUGAUCCACUCUUCCCAUCAUGCCUUCUCAGCCCGACUUCCACUUCUCUCUCCAAAGGUGGAUUGGACUGCUUUGCGGCAAGAAUGGGCAGAAUGAUAACAGUGAUAGCAGUGGCGGUGACAGCACUGUUAGAAACAUCGACGACAAUAACAACAUCUCCAGCUCCGUAGAAUGUUAUGCCUGCACCCAAGUAGGUGUUCCUGUCUUUCACUCAACAAGCUGUGACCACGCCCACCAACCCCAAUGGGUCGCUUCAGCCGGUUCUUCUCUUAUCCCCAUUCAAAACCAGCCAGGAGCGAAGAAACCGCCCACAAUUAUCUCGCGUUUCCCAGCGGGACCAUUCGGAGCCGUCCUGGACCCAAGAAGUAAGCGCGUACAGAAAUGGAACCGGGCCUUCCUUCUUGCACGUGGCAUGGCUUUAGCCAUCGAUCCGUUAUUCUUCUACUCGUUAUCAAUCGGCAGGGGAGGAGCUCCUUGCCUUUACAUGGACGGUGGAUUAGCCGCAAUCGUGACGGUCCUUCGCACGUGUGUGGACGCCAUACAUUUGUGCCACUUAUGGUUGCAAUUCAGAUUAGCGUAUGUGUCCAGGGAGUCGUUAGUUGUCGGAUGUGGGAAACUCGUGUGGGACGCACGUGCCAUAGCGUCACACUAUGUUCGGUCUUUGAAAGGCUUCUGGUUUGAUGCCUUUGUUAUACUGCCAGUUCCUCAGGCUGUGUUCUGGUUGAUUCUUCCCAAAUUGAUCAGAGAAGAGCAGAUUAAACUGAUAAUGACGAUACUUCUACUGAUCUUCUUGUUCCAGUUCCUCCCUAAAGUAUACCACUGCAUAUACUUGAUGAGAAAAAUGCAGAAGGUUACAGGUUAUAUCUUUGGGACGAUUUGGUGGGGUUUUGGCCUUAAUCUCAUUGCUUACUUCAUUGCUUCUCAUGUUGCUGGAGGAUGUUGGUAUGUUCUUGCUAUACAACGCGCUGCGUCGUGCCUCAGGCAGCAGUGUCAGAGAAGACCGAACUGUGACCUGUUUCUAUCUUGUUCCGAGGAGGUGUGUUAUCAGUUACUAGUACCUACAGGCACAAUCGGGAACUCCUGCGGUGGAAACUCAACUGCAGCUGUCAGGAAGCCCAUGUGCUUAGAUAUUGCAGGACCAUUCAAAUAUGGCAUUUAUAAGACUGCUCUUCCUGUUAUCGCUAGCAAUUCGUUGGCUGUCAAGAUCCUUUAUCCCAUCUUCUGGGGUUUAAUGACCCUCAGCACCUUUGGCAAUGAUCUUGAGCCGACGAGUAAUUGGCUAGAAGUGAUAUUCAGUAUAUGUAUAGUGCUUAGUGGUUUAAUGCUCUUCACAUUGUUGAUUGGUAAUAUCCAGGUGUUCCUACACGCGGUCAUGGCAAAGAAGCGGAAAAUGCAGCUAAGAUGUCGAGACAUGGAAUGGUGGAUGAGGAGGAGACAGUUACCUUCUCGUUUGAGGCAAAGAGUUCGCCAUUUCGAACGCCAGAAAUGGACUGCCAUGGGAGGGGAAGAUGAAAUGGAGUUAAUCAAGGACUUACCUGAAGGACUCCGGAGAGAUAUCAAGCGCUACCUAUGCCUAGACCUUAUCAAGGAGGUACCUCUGUUUCAUAACUUGGAUGAUCUUAUCCUUGACAACAUCUGUGACCGAGUUAAGCCUCUUGUCUUCUCUAAAGAUGAAAAGAUAAUAAGAGAAGGAGACCCUGUGCAAAGGAUAGUAUUCAUUGUUCGUGGGCGAAUAAAACGAAGCCAAAGCCUUAGCAAAGGCAUGGUAGCAACAAGUGUGCUAGAACCAGGAGGCUAUUUAGGCGAUGAGCUGCUAUCCUGGUGUCUUCGACGCCCAUUCAUAGACCGGCGUCCUGCCUCAUCUGCUACAUUUGUAUGUUUAGAAUCUACAGAAGCCUUCGGUCUUGAUGCCAACCAUCUUCGUUACAUAACUGAUCACUUCCGAUACAAAUUUGCCAAUGAAAGGCUUAAGCGAACUGCAAGAUAUUACUCAUCAAACUGGAGAACAUGGGCAGCAGUAAACAUACAAUUCGCUUGGCGUCGAUACAGGAUGAGGACUAGAGGUCCUGUGAUUCCUGUAACAACAGAAAAUGGAGGCACAGAUCGCCGUCUGCUGCAAUAUGCUGCUAUGUUCAUGUCAAUCAGGCCACAUGACCACCUUGAAUAAAUACAAGUUUAGCAAUUCUCCAGUCCUCUCCAUUGUUUCAAUAAAAUCUAGUUUCUUUCUUUAGGCUAAAAAAGUUCUCCAUGGUAAGCCACGGAAUUGAAUCUUUUUUUCUUCUUUUCUUGUACAAUGUGAACAUUUGAGAAAGAAAAAAAGAAAUCUUCAGAAGGUAAUAAAAAUUUACUCUGUUCAUUCA